AUGUUUCAGAGUGACAGCAACAGCAACCAAAAUAACAUUUUCUAAAACAAUGAGGCAUACUCCCCUUAAGAUAUCUUUAAAGGUGCCUCUCUAUAUGAUCUUAUUCAAAUAAGUUUGAAUAAAAGCCAAUAGCCUGGUUUUAUAUCAGUUGAUUAGGGAAGCAGAGAUCAGAGUCCCUCUUAAAAUGAUGGAAACCAUACAACUGGUGAUAUGAUAUAGUUCAUCCAAGAUGCUAUGAAAAGAAAUAGCCUGUAUAAGAAAGACUCAAAAGAUAUAAGGAAUCAUGGACAUCUUCUUGACAAAAUAGUAACAGUAGAAGAUAUUGAAGGGCUUCACUAAAAUAACAUGACUGAGCUACCAAUUGAAGAUGAUUUCAUAAACCCAGAAACCAUUGGGACAUACAGAAACAACAACGAAGAUAAUCAAUGUUUAAUAUCAGAACAAACAGCUAAGAUUGCUAUUGAUUAGAUUCCUAUCAAUGAUAGAGAUUAGCCAUUAAGUUCAACUAGAUGGGCAGGCCAUAAUGACUUAGAGCAAUGCCAGGAAUCAAUUUAUAAUAAUACUCAAGAGUAUCAUAAUGUAAUGAACUCUGGUAUUCAAACUCCGAAUCCAAUGGAUAUCAGAAGCAAUCUAGGAUCUGAUGUUCUAAGUGUUGAUGAUUAAAUAAAGGAUAAGUUUAAUGAGAUAAGCAAUGAAAAAUCAUUAAGAAGCACCAUAAAUAAUCAAUCAAAAAAUAAGCCCAAAGUUAAAAAGAUUAAAAGGCUUGGAUCACCUAGUGCAUCGUCAAAUCAUAAAAGUAUGAAGAAGUUUAAUGUUCCGAGUUCCCCAAAGAGUAUAAACUUUAAGGAACCUAUUAGUGCUUAGCAUACACCUUAUAAAGAUGCAAAGAAAUAAGUUCCAAAUGAUCAGAAAAAGAAUCAUGAAAACCUCGUUAGGAAAGCAUCUAAAAAUGGCUAAUCAACGCUCUCUAGCUUGUAAUCUCCUUAAAUAAUACCCUCACCUUUCCUGCUUGCUCGUAGAUCUCCUAGAGUCAGACACGAUUAUAAGCCAAUUAAUAACAAUACAAAGGUUAUCUAUCCCUCUAAGACACCAAGAGAGGGUUCAGAUCAUUCUAAUAGAUAGAUCUCAGCAACUAGAGCGAAGGUAUCUAAGAGUACUUUAAGAGGUGGAGGUCCAAAACAAUGCAAUGUUGAUUUUAUCAAGGAAAACAUAAAAAAUCCUAGAAAUGGUGCUGCUAUUUUCUCUCCCUCAAAUAAUAACACUUAAGAGUCUCUAGGUGACAAAUUUAGUAAAAUUAAUCAUGAGCGAUCUAAGUCUGUAAGAAAUAAAUUUAGAGUCUAAAGUAGACAUGGACAAGUUACAUCUUCAAAGAAAUCAUCUCAGUUGAAUAUGAUAGAUGUCAAGAACUAUUCAUCAAAUUAAACAAUUCAAACAAGCAAACCCUGUGGAUAUGAAACUGAAGAUUCCUAGACCAUCUCUAAUUGUGGAAUGAUAAAAUCCAAAGAUCUUCUUGGUAAAUUCUAAGUAGUAAAGAUAAAACAUCAAUCCAAUAAUGUUACUGCCAGCUCAAUAAAUGUUGUGAAAUAUGAUUAGACUAGUGUUUCAAGCUCUCAUUAAUCUGUAAAAGAUAUAAUCUCCUAAUAGAAACCUAUUGCUCUUAGACAUCAAUAAAAUGGAAAAAAGCUCUAGAAAAAUACCACAAGAAAGUCGCUGAUGUUAGCUCAAUUAAAUAAAAUCAACAAUGGUGUUAUCUAAGAAUUUACAAGAAUUAAAAAGCCUUAGAAAUAGGCUCUUGUUAUUGGGAAAUUAUUCUGUGUAUUACUUUGUGCCUUUAGAAGUCCUCCUCUCAGCGAUGAUUACUCAUUUGAUGUAGUCUAAAAAGAAUUUGAAAAAUGGGAAAGUAUUCAAUAUUUCCUGCUUUCAAACCCUGGAAGAACACUGAAUGAAUGUUAAAUGAUUAAGCAAAGAGCAUUGUAAAAAGAUCAGAUAAAUCUUAAAUACAUUGAAAGCAUGAUUAAAUAAAUCGCAGAAAAUGAAGCUAUAUUAAAAAAUAUUCCAAAUCAAAAUUUGAAGAUUAUCUUUGAUGUCAUCACUAGAUCGAUAGUUUAUGUAGAAUUCAAGCAUAUUAGUAAGGCUAAAAAGACUAAUAUCAUGAGAGGAAAUAACUCAGAUUUGAAUGUGGUUUAAGAUAGUCUUUCCUAGAACUACCUUCAAAACACAUAAACAGAAGAUGAAGAGGAAAUAGAAGAUGAAUAUAAUGAUGGCCCUGAUGAGACUGAGAUGACUAUCUAAUCUAAGAUGAUAAAUGAUCAUCUCUCUCAUAGAAGUCUCUAGGAUAAAUAAAGUAUUUUGAGUAGUCCGCCUCAUAUCAAUACUGAUAUUGAUCUAGUUUCAAAUGGAAACGAUAAUAACAUCUAUAAAUCGAUUCAUGAAGUUACAGUUCCAAACAAUGCUAGAUUCCUUGAUAAUGACUAUUAUAAAACUCCUGAUCAAGUUAAGUAUGGCUAUGCUUAAUCGAAAGGCACAUCGCCCUCAAAGUACGGCUCCUCGAUAAAAGAUCCCAGUGUCGAUUAGUAAUUGAAAAAGCUUUAGCAGAAUUAUUCCUAGUAAAAUAGUGAAACUAGAGAAAUCAAGAAGUCUCCCUUAAUCAAGCAUAAAUUUAUUACUUAAAGUCAACCAUAAUCAAACAGCUUAAAAAAGAAUGAUUUACCCAUAAAUUAAGCAAUUAAAGAAGUUCAGAUUAAUCUAAUCACCAGUAACACCAAUGAGGAUGGAGAUAAUAUGUCUCUAGAUAACCAACAAUACCAAGAUAUAUAUGUUAACUUAGAGACAUUCAACAAUAAUCAGGAUAAUUACUAUCGUAAUGCUCUACUAGAUAAUUCUAAGGGAAAUUCUUUUAUUGAGAAUAGAGCCUCUUAAAUUCUUUAAGAAGUAUUACAGAUCCAACAAAACUACAACAGCAAUCCUUCUUAGGCUCAUUUAUAACCAAAGGAUAUUUCAAAGAGCGACUAAAGCGACAGAGAAGAAUCGAAAGUGUCCUUCUAUCAAGAAUCAGAUAAACUUAGCUAACAGCUUAGUUAUGGUAGUAAGCAUUCAAGAAGAAGUUCAGUUAAAAUUGAGCAACCUCCUUAAAUUCAUUCAGCUAUUGAAUAUGAAGACUCGCCAAUGAGUGUUGGAACAAGUAAGUCUUAGCAGGGUAUACCACUUUCUCAAUAACAUAUCCCAACUACUCAGACAACAAUUAAAAAACCAAAGAAGUAACUUUCCCCAACUCAAAAGUUGAUCAAGUUCAAGAAUAAAUCUCAUAAGGACAAGCAAAAGCUUGCCUCAACAAUAACUAAGGGUGAUAAUUCCUAAAAGAAUAGUAACACAAAGAGUAGCAAAUAAACAUUUGACUAUUACUAAAAUUUAGAACAUAAAAGAAUGGCAUCUCAGACAUAAAUUCAGCCUAAGAGUGAUAGAAACGCUACACCUCACUCACUUAGUUCUACUUAGAAAAUGAGUGAGGAUGCUAACAACUAUUAAAUCUAACUUUCAAAUAAGGACAUAUUCAACUUUGCUGAUAAUGCCAGUAACACAGAUGAUAACACUGUUAGAGGAAAUUCUUUAUAAGUAUCUCAGGCCUAAUCUAGAAUAAAUAUCUAUGAAAAUCUUACUUAACUAGCAGAUUAAUGUAUAGAAAAUGAUGGGUUUUAACUAAGACUUUAAAAAGUUCUAGAUCAAGAUAGUCCUUAAUUCUCUGCUAUUCAGCAGUAAACUUUGAAAGUUUAGCAAACGCCUUAUCCUUAGUAAAUUUCUAAUCCAAGUGAUUCUUUUGUUGGUGCAUCAGGAUCAUCUGCCUUGACCGAAUCCGCAAUAAGCGCUACAACUUUAACUAAAAGAGAAAUUAACAUGAAAACAAUAGAAGAACUAAAACAGAGAAGACUUAAUCAAAUGAGGGAUGGUGUGAGUUCUUAAAUUCUGUCAGAGAAAAGAGACGAUAUGAUUAAGAAAAUUCAAGAUGAUAUAGCUGAUAAAAUGAUAGAAAAAAUGAGAGCAGAGUUAUUAUGA